AUGUCGCAAGAAACAAUACGAUCAUCAUUACCGGGAGCCGCUCGACCUUCCGCUCAUCCACGUUUGCAUGCCUUGGCCAAACCAUAUUCACGUCCUUCAUCGUUCUCCGGUUUAUCCUCUUCGGCAACUAUGACCGACCUGGCCAAUAUAUCCUCUUCUCUAGGUGGGAAUGAAGGAUGGGAUGAAUCACCUACGAAAUCACCUAGUAAGACGACUCGACCUGGAUUAUCAACCUCAUCAAGUUACGGUAGUUUACCUCGAUCUGGUUCAGAUAGCUCUUUGUUUUCUGGUAUCAAAUCUAUAUUCUCUAGACCAUUACAAUGGUUAGCCACCCCUGCUCGUGCUAGCGGUAGUGGAAGUGGGAAUAGAAGAGAUUCGUAUAGUUCGUUCGGUCAUGAUCUGGAAGAUCAGUCCUUUAAUCAAUCACCUUCGGUGAAGAGGUCAAGAAGAGGAUCACCCUCACCUGAAAAGCAAAGAGCUAAGAGACGUAAAGAGAAUGGUACUUCUACUACCACCGCUAUCGGCAGUGAAUACGAACCUGAACAACCGAUACCACCGUUCGAAGUUCAAGGAAGAGCAGUAUCAGGAUUCAUGCUACCACCUCUAUCACCCAAUGUCACCCUGAAACCCAAAUCUCAUCUACCUAUACCUCAACAUAUCACCAACAAUACUCGCACGAACUUCUCUAGACCGUUAGGAAGCGGUUCGUCAUCUGGAUUAUCAAGUUCCAAAUCAAUGUCGUACCUUGAUCCACCUUCUGAUGUUUUGGGUGCCUCUUCGCCCAGAAAGGCAGGUGGGAUGUUAACUAGAUCAAAGAGGGUCGAGUUGAGUUCUCUGGUAGACGAUCGUGAUCGUGAUGAGAUUGAAGUGGAAUCUUCAAAUCAAGGGAAUGAUGGUGGAAAAACUUGGAGUCCAUGGAAAUCACGCUAUUCAACUGCUGGCGGAGCGGCUUCUUCUGCUGCAAAUGUCAGACCCACCACACCAAGUAAGAAAACUCCAAGUAGACUCGGUUCCAGAGAUUUCACACUACCCUCCGCUUCAUCUUUCAAACCACCUCCAUCACCCUUACAUCGUCAAUCGCCUCACGUAGGCAACGCCGCAGCCUCAACUUCCGGUCUUACAAGAUCCGCUACCACAGCCAAUAUCCGCAGAGCCGCCAGUGUAGCUUCUGAUAUCAGCAUGGGUGGGGGUUUGACUAGAUCAGGCAGUGUAAGGGGUUUAAAGCAAUCGGGAAGCAUGUUAUUUGGUAGUGUCAAUGGAGACAGGGAGAGGGAUAGGGAAGAUGAUAGGAUGAGUGUCGAUGGAGAACAAAGACAGAGAGAAGGGAGUGUCUUGGAUUGGUUCAUGAAGGACCGAUGGGAUGGAAGUGGAAGUGCUCGACCUGGAUCUCCAGCUUCUGUCGCUGCUUCCAGACGACUAGGCUCAGCCGGACCUUCUCUAUCCCAUCCACCUAUCAGAAAAGGUCAAUUGGUAUGGCACGAAGAAGAAAAAGCUUUCGUCCGGGAGAGUGACCUACGAGCUGCUCAGGCUCCACCGGCAAUACAUAAAUCUGAAGCCGAACGGAUAUUGUAUACUCUGGAAUCGAUGAGGAAGACUCCCCUGACUGAUGCUCGGAAAGGCGAAUUACCACCUGUCACUAUUGGUCAAUCAUCAAGAACGAUGAGGAAGACAAUAAAUGUGCCUCUUGCUACAGCUGCUGCUGGAGAUAGCGCGAAGCAGAGGAGAGAUAAAGAUAGGUUGGGUGGUGAUGAUAGAGUGUCGGUGAUGAUCAGUCCGUAUGGAAGGAGAAAGGUCGCGGAUCAACAGGCUAGAGAGGAGAGGAGGUCUAGGAUGGCUGAGGAUAGAGACUACCGACCCUCACCUACACCCACUGCUUCGGAUGCGCAGAGUCAAGCAUCAGAUGUAGAAAUGGAACCACCCAGCUCACAGAGAUCAGCUUCUUCUGCUCCCCCUCCAACACCUCGCCGCUCGUCCAGAUUAAAGAGAGCCACGGGUACCGACGAAGACGUUCCCACGCCCAAGGCUACCAGGAAAUCAAAGAGGGGCGCAUCGAAACAGCCUGAGACUGUACAGGAAGAAGAGCAACCUCAACCCACACCUAGAGGAAGGAGGACGAGGAAGACGACGGUCGACAGGGGAACUUCCCCUUCCCCACCUGCACCAGUCCCUACCAUCACUGCUACAGCUCCUUCUCCAGGUGGACCUACAAACACCUCCACACAGACGGUGUCUUCCUCGGGAUAUCAACCUCUAGCCGAUGGCGAGAGAUCGAGAGGAGGAUCUUCCCUACGAGCACGAUCAGAUGUCACGAAACGUACUCAUGUUGGAGCAGCCAGCUAUUCUCGAUCGGCUACACCUUCAUCCGGAAGAUUCUCGGCUAAAGAAGAAGAUUUACCAGAUAUGGACGAGUUGGAACAAGCGAAGAUACCUUUACCUUCCUUUUCAGGUAUCUCUUUUGCUGGACUCAAUCCUACACCGCCUGCGACAUCGAAUGGACCAUCGACAUCUGUGACCGAUCAAAAUGCAUCCAGCGCUCCUUCAGAGUCUACUCCUGCUCCAUCCUCUUCUUUGAACGUUCCUCCACCUGGUCGAAGGCCCGGUGGACCCCUCGCUCGAGUCGGUCUCACCUCCACCAGGCCAAGAGCAUCGUCACCUCUUGCAGGAGGAUCGAUUGUUGCUCAACCCGAAUCACCUGAGUCGGCAUCAAAAGCUGCCAAACCAGCUGAGCCUAUUGAGCCACCCGCCAAUGGCUUCUUCACUCUGAACGGAUCCACACCGACAAUCCCAGCAGCCGGGUCAACAACACCUUUGGGUAAACCGCCGGCCUCGUCUUUCUUCUCUGUGCCAAGUACUGGUGUAACGAACGGGGAUUCGAGUAAAGAUAAAUCGUUCUCGUUUGGUUUAGGUAAACCUCCUGCUGAAACGGAAAAACCCUCGGAAACAACGUCGGGAUCAGGUAUACCCGAUUUCUUCGGUAAAAAGUCUGCGCCUCCGUCUGGAACUGCUACGCCAACAUCUGUCCCAGCAUUCGAUUUUGGUUUACCUAAGAAAACAGCCGAAGAGCCUAAAGCAUCUCCUGCGCAAUUACCUCCUGCUACUUUCAGUUUUGGUAAACCCGCUGAAACCGCUACCACCCCUGCAACUAACGGUGGAGGAUUCAGCUUCGGUGCGCCAAAGGAAGCAGAGAAGAAGGAUGGUUCCGCUCCCUCUUUCUCGUUCGGAUCGAGCAGACCUGCCGAAGCACCUAAACCUGCCUUUUCAUUUGGAUCAUCCGACAAGCCUGCCGAACCUGCGAAACCCACAUUCAGCUUCGGAGCUCCUUCUACACCAUCUGCCGAACCCGCUAAAUCCACUUUUUCGUUCAGUAAUCCAUCCGCUUCAUCCGCUGCAGAGAAGCCUGCUGAAACAGCUAAACCCUCUUUCUCGUUUGGCACUCCGUCAACAACGGAUAGUCCAAAGGCUCCUGAACCUGCUAAACCUGCUUUCUCGUUUGGGUCAUCAAGUGCGACUACCUCCAAACCUGCUGAAACUGCUAAACCAGCUUUCAGUUUCGGAGCUCAAUCGUCAACGCCUGUAUCAACCCCUCCACCGUUCGGUGCCGCUGUUAGUACCAAUGGUACAUCGUCGACUGCUCCUGCGCCUGCUUCUGGUGGUUUCUCAUUUGGAAAACCUGCUGAGAAGAAGGAUUCCGCUCCAAGCAAUCCAUUCGGCGGUACUGCCCCUGCUAGUGGGUCAGGCUCUACUGGCACAGGUUUUACCUUUGGUGCCUCAGGAAGUACGAGCACAUCGCCACCCUUUGGGGAGAAUAAGGCGAAUGGUGAUGCUGCCAAGUCGAGCCCUUUCGGAGGUGCCGGUACCACACCUGCUCCAGCUUCUACGGGAUUCAAUUUUGGCACUUCUUCCUCGUCUACUAAACCCAAUGGGUCUACUUCAGGGUUCGGUUCAUCAGCACCUGCGGCAGCUUCACCUUCCAAUCCCUUUGGUUUCGGCUCAUCGUCUUCAGCUACAACCUCUCCAGCUCUAGCACCGACGUCCAACCCAUUCGGUCAAUCUGCUCAAACUGCCAGUAGUCCCGCUACCACCUCUGCACCAUCGUUCACCUUUGGACAAUCCUCGUCUACACCGGCAGCUUCGUCAGGCUUUGGUACUUCGGCUCUAGCCCCUGCCCCUGCAGCUGCAUCCAAUCCAUUCGGCCAACAACCCUCAUCUGCCGGAUCGGGUGGGUUCAGUUUCUCCUUUGGUGGUGGUGCUGGUGGAAGCACAUCCAGUCCUGCCCCUGCAGCUGCUUCAGGUGGAUUCACUUUCGGUCAACCUUCCACUACACCCUCUACGCCUACUGCGACGAAUAGUACAUUCACUUUCGGUAAUCCUGCACCUUCCACCCCUGGUGUCACAUCCCAGUCAUCAUUCGCGUUUGGUGCAGGCGGUGGUGCACCUCAAUCAACCACACCUGCCGCUGCCCCUCCUGCCUCAGGAGGAUUCUCUUUCGGUGCUCCUCCCCCCGCUAAUCAAGCAACUGCACCGCGAUUCGGUAGUCCUGCGCCUGGGGCUGCUGACGGAGGUUUCAGUCUGGGCGCGAGCGAUGGGGGCGUACCGGGAAGUCCGGGCGGGAGGAAAGUCAAGGGAUUACCUAGGAGAGGAGGUGUCAAACGGUAA